UCAGUGCCCGAUGGGUAUAUGCAACGUGCCGGCUACGUUUUAGCGAGCUAUGAAUGUCACGUUCCAGAACUUCGUCAACAAGACGCGGCUCACACAAGGGAUGAUCAACUUCUGCGUCAUCGUGUAUAUGGACAACAUCCUGGUCUACUCGGAAACCUAUCAUGGACAUGCACAACACAUUGAGUGGACAUUGGGCGCGCUACGAGAUGCCGGAUUCAAGAUUGCGCUCGAAAAGGGCGAAUUCUUUCUCUCGGAAAUUUCAUUCCUAGGCUACAUCGUGACACGUGGAGGACUGCGGUCUGACUCGAGAAAGGUUGCGGCGGUGUUGGAAGCUCCUGUUCCCACGUCGCUCACGCAGGUUCGAGCCUUCUUGGGACUGGCUUCAUACUAUUGGCGGUUCAUCAAAGGCUUCGCCGCGAUCGCGCAACCUUUAACGAACCUGCUACGGAAGGACCAGCCCCUCAGUUGGGACGCGGAGUGCAAGCAGGCCUUCGCAACCCUCAAGGAAGCUCUGGCAAUGUUGGUAGACGAUCUCCCUCUCAAGAUCAUCUCGCAGAGUGACGAAAGCCCCGUUCCACACGUCCUCACUCGGACUUUCACGCCGUACCUUCGGUGGUCGGCGUGCCUGGAAGAGCCGGGAAGCAGCCGCAACCCGCCAUCGCAGCGGGAUUAUCUGAACCCGCGGGAGAUCAUUGAUCUCGCCUUUUUCCAAGAUCGGGCGGCCUCCGGGGACGAAGAGAUAGUGAUCGAGGAAGAAAGCAUCGUCGAAGAAGAAGAAGAAGAGGCUGCCGAAGAGGACGAGGACGAAACCCCGGAGGAGGGCAGUUACAGCGAGCAUAGCGAGGGAGAGCAGAGCGAGGAGGAGGAAGAAAACGAAGAAGAAGACCAGGAGGAAGAGGAAGAAGGCGAGUUGGAACUAGAGGAGUCUGAGUGGGAGAUCUCGGCGGAGGAACUCGAGCGAACAGAAGCGCAGCAGGCGGAAGAUCCCGAAGCGGCGCGCAAACGAGACGAAAUCGCGGCCGGGAAACGACAGCUGGAGUUCGCCAGCGCGGCAAAUUUUCCGAUCACCGACGAUCCGGCCCACGAUCCAGAGCCGCCUAAGCCUGAGAUGGAGAACAGGCCGAGACUUCGACCGCACCAGCGAGGCGGCGACAAAGCCGAUCCCCCCCCCCCUCCACCUCCGGCCGCGCAUCAGUUCGAGCCCGUACUGAUGCGGGGCAUCGGGCUUCGUCCCCGGUUAUUAUCACGCCGUCCCCUUGACCAUCUCACCCUCCGACAAAUCACCACCCGUGUCACCUUCCCCCGCAACCCCUUUCCCAUCGACACCGUCCGGUUCUUCUACGUCACCCGUCUUGUUGCUACCAUCCAUCGUCACCCCUCAACCCGAUGAGCCCUCCCCGAUUUCAGCCUCCACACCCUUCUUUUUACUGCCGCGUGGCGAGGCCACAACAUGAUCGAAGUUUAUUGCAUGAUUACGGGAACUAUCCCCUCAUGCGAAAACCACGAUCAUUUUUGCGCG